AUGUUGGUGAUCCGCAGAGCACUUCUCUUUGGGCUGAUCCUCUGUGUAGUCUGCGAAUUCAUUGCAGAGAAAAAGUCCCUGAACUUCUUGCUCUUUCGGAAGAUUGUCACCGGCUACAACAGCAAGUACAUUUCGCUGUAUGAGGCAGCCAUCAGUCAGGACUUUACCACGAUCAACUUUACCCUGAAUUUUGCCCGUAACAUCACGGCGGAUAUUUGGCUGAGGGCAACGAUAGGACAAAGGGUGUCCAAGGACUCCUACAGGGACGUCUUUACCUACAACGUGAAUCUGUGCCAGGUGAUGGGCCGGGGCAAGGGCAACAGCCUGAUCAACUUUUGGCUGAACAACAUUCUCCGGCAGUCCAAUAUGCCGCGCAGCUGUCCCCUCAAGGAGGGCAACUACUAUAUGUGCAACAUUCGUUCGGAGAAGGAGACCAUUCCGCGUUUUAUUCGCUCGGGCAGCUUUCGGAUAGACUCGAAUGUUUAUGUGCGGGACUGGCACAGCGUCAAUUUGACAGACACAAUCUUCUAUGUGGACAUCAAAAUGAAGUGA